GUAGAUCCAUUUAAGCGCCUUCCCGAUGCCGACAAGCCUGGCGGAUUCAAUGACUUGUUCCCGAACCUCCAGCGGAUCACGGACAGCACCUUCGGCACUGUCUUCGAGUGUUGCAAGGGGUACUCCCACGAGCGGAGCGUUGUCAAGAUUGUUCGCCGACGGGAGCACCCACUUCUGAAGCAGCGGCGACAGCGCAUCACAGAGACAGAGGAGUUUUGGCGGUACAUGUCGAAACUCCAAGCGCUACGUCAUGAGAAUGUUGUUCGAUACACGAACUUCUACGCCGCAGCUUGGUUCCGUGUGAUGAGCAGUAUUGGGCUAAGUCACACCCAAUUGCCUCGGUGGGGAGUGGAUGGUGUUUUGGAGUGCCAGCGCAACGCAGAAUUCAAAGUUGAUGUUACCCGAAGUGAGGAUAACGCCUCCUUCUACUUCGUGAUGGAGUGCUGCCCCGGCAGAACUCUGCUGGAGCACCUGCUGGUCACGAAGCAUGCAAGCAGAGCUGUGUGGCUUACGUUAACGCUUGGCAAGUUCCGUCUUUUCAUUGGAACUUGCGGCAGCCGGGGGGUUGUUCCUUCGUGGCAAGAGUCUCGUGUGCGGCAGCUUAUGCGACAACUCCUACAGGCCCUGCACUACAUCCAUCAGAUGGACGUGAUUCAUCGCGAUGUGAAGUUGGAGAACCUCAUGGUCCUCGAGCGCUCACAGGAAGGGCCCCUUCUGAAGCUCCUCGACUUUGGUCUUGGAUGCCGUGGGUGUGGAUCUGGCGCGAUGGGGACGCUGGGCUACAUGGCUCCGGAAGUGUUUGGUCCCAACUCCUACAGCAACAGUGUCGACCUCUUCUCUGCGGGAGUGGUCAUGCAUAUCUGCUUCACAGGAAGGCCGGCAUUUCCACCUGUCAGUUUUCGCACCUGGGAGGAUCACCACAAGGCGCUCCUGGCUGGCCCAGAUCUGAUGCAGAAGCCCUUACCGAAGGCCUUUGCGUGCUUGGUUCCGGUGCUUGCCUGGGCACUCAGACCGACGGCCUCACGGCGAUGCACAGCUUCACAGGCGCUUCGGAGUCCAUGGCUACAAGGCGAUGGAAAGAUCUGGAAAGAGGAGCCUACCCUGUGGAGCGGGACUUCUGGCGAGCUGCGCUUUCUGCAGGUCAUGGGCGUCUGGAAUGGAGCUUCCACGAAGCUGAAGGUGAUUCCCAGCAAGGAUUCCUUGCAGGUUAUUGAUGAGGCCGAAGUCGAGGACGAGGAGGAAGACCAUGACAUCGAGCAGUUCUGCUGCCGGUUGGUCCGGCACAUGGACAUCCCUGUGUGCAUUGCCAACCCUGGCAAGCCGGACUGUCCUCUGGUUGUCGUCUCCAAGGGCUUUGAGGAUCUGACAGGCUUUUCAGAGCAGGAGGUCCUGGGUCACAACUGCCGCUUCCUGAACAAGCUACGGUCGACCGACCUGUCCCAGGCCAGGCGCAAUCUUGAAUGA